AUGCAGCAUGACCAGUUGCAAGCACAAUCACAACAAUUAAAAUAUUAUCAGAAAAUGGUCUUUCUCAUUGAGUAUUCCAACAGGUUCAAGUCUGUCCAGAUCAGAGCUUCUUCUGAACAGACAACUAGGCCUGUUGAAGUUGGAGCGAUGUUUGCUGACUUGAAGGAGAAGUGGGAUGCUAUUGAAGACAAAUCCACAGUCUUCAUAUAUGGUAGUGGGGCAACAGUUGCUGUUUGGCUGUCAUCUUUUGUAGCUGAGGCUAUCAACUCAGUCCCUUUGCUGCCAAAGGUCAUGGAGUUGCUAGGUCUUGGAUACACAGGAUGGUUUGUCUACAGAUAUUUGCUCUUUAAGUCUAGCAGAAAGGAAUUGGCCAGUGAUAUUGAAGCGUUGAAGAAAAAGAUUGCUGGAAGUGAAUAG